UGCCGACCGUUUUGACGUUAUGGGCGGGGCCUGGCGGGCUCUCACUCGUGCUUAGCCCCGCCCCCCGUCACGCUCCCUACUGUUGCUGUCGCGCCGCUGCUGGCUGCUGUCCCUGGACCCCUACCAUGGAGAAGACUGUUGAAGAUCCCCCGACAUCAGCUGUCUUGCUGGAUCACUGUCAUUUCUCUCAGGUCAUCUUUAACAGUGUGGAGAAGUUCUACAUCCCUGAAGUGGAUGUCACAUGUCAUUACACCUUCACCCAGCCUUUCAUCCCUCGUCGAAAGGAUUGGAUUGGCAUCUUUAGAGUGGGAUGGAAGACAACCCAUGAGUAUUACACCUUCAUGUGGGUUAAUUUGCCCAUCGACCUAAACAACGAAUCAGCCAAACAGCAGGAAGUCCAAUUCAAAGCUUACUACCUGCCCAAGGAUGAUGAGUAUUACCAGUUCUGCUACGUGGAUCAGGAUGGUGUGGUCCGGGGAGCAAGUAUUCCUUUUCAAUUCCGUCCAGAAAAUGAGGAAGACAUCCUGGUUGUUACCACUCAGGGAGAGGUGGAAGAGAUUCAACAGCACAACAAGGAGCUUUGCAAAGAAAACCAGGAGCUGAAGGACAGCUGUGUUAGCCUCCAGAAACAGAAUUCAGACAUGCAGGCUGAGCUCCAAAAGAAGCAGGAGGAGCUAGAAACCCUACGGAGCAUCAAUAAGAAGUUGGAACGGAAACUAAAAGAGCAGGACGACUAUUGGGAGACAGAGCUGCUUCAACUGAAAGAACAAAACCAGAAGAUGUCCUCAGAAAACAAGAAGAUGGAAAUCAGAGUGGAUCAGCUUCAGGCCCAGCUGUCAACUCAAGAGAAAGAAAUGGAGAAGCUUGUUCAGGGAGAUCAAGAAAAGACAGAGCAGUUAGAGCAUCUGAAAAAAGAAAAUGACCACCUCUUUCUCAGUUUAACUGAACAGAGGAAAGACCAGAAGAAGCUCGAGCAGACAGUGGAAGAAAUGAAGCAAAAUGAAACUACUGCAAUGAAGAAGCAACAGGAAUUAAUGGAGCCUAGGAGCAAGAAAGCAGCACUAACUGUGGAGGAGCUGUUAGAGCAAUCGCUGGAAUGCCUAAAGGCAAACAUAGAGGCCUGUUUGUCAGAGAAGUGUAAAGAGUGUCAAGGACUUCACAAACUGAUCAGGCAACCCAGGGCAGCUGUACUGGAUGAAAACUUUGACCUGUUAAGAAGACUGAGUGAGAACAAAACGAUAUGUAAUGUUCUGCAGAGAGAGAAAGAGAGAUCGGAAGGAGAAAAUGAUCUAAUAUUUGUUGCCUUGGGGGAUAGAGGAAUAGCAUCCUACAUAACUUUUAUCCUAUCGGGGAACUACUUUCCUUCAACACAACUUUUUCAUUUUUCUCUGCUGCCGAACCAGGAGCAGAAGUGGUGGUCUGUACCAGUGCUGGACACAUGGUAUCCCAAGAAAGUUCUUCCCCAAGCCCGCUCUCCAUCAAGAAAUGCCCCAUCUGCAAAGCAGAUGGUAUUUGUGAUCACAUCUUGGAGCAACAGCAGAUGCAGGCCCUUUGUCUGAAUUGUCCAAUUUGUGGCAAGACCUUCCCAACAAGAGAGAAGCAGAUCUUUGAAGACCACGUGUUCUGUCACUCUCUAUGAGCAUCCAGCCUCUUGGAUAUAUACAGAGAUUAUAAUUUAUAGAGUAGAACCUAUAGUUUCUACCAUGAGUUAUAUGAGUCAAGAUCCUGUCUAACCUGAAAUUACUAGAGAUUUACUCAGCCCUGCUGCCACUAACAGUGGAAUCAUGUCUCUUACCUGAAGGACACUGUUAAGAGCUUCUGGUGCCAUCCUGUGGGUUACUACCUUGAAGUCACAUAACGUUAGCUGUAUCAUCCUCUCACCUAUCAUUCUUCCGGGGUCUUCGGUACAAGGUCCCUGUGAUGGAGCCAACCUAGAUAUUCACAACAAGCCUGACUUGACACUAAAUCAUUAGUUUUUCAAGUUGUCCCACUGCCAUUCAGGGUCAGGUCUUGAGUGUAUUUGUUCUCAGUCUUAACCCUGGAGCUAGAGAUUGGUCCGAGGUUGAGAAUCCCUUUCUCCUCCUCCUCCUCCUCCUCCUCCUCCUCCUCAGUGUUGCUUUCUCCAACUGAUUGCUUUAGACUAGCCAAAAAUGGCACAGCAAAGAGCUCAGAAGUCCAAUUUGGAUACUAAAGGUUUCUCAUGUAAAUUUCUCAGCCCCAAAAGAAGCAUCUUAUUCCCGAACCUUAGACAGGAAGUAUUAUUUCAGUCACAGAAAGCUUUUCUGGGUACCUCUGCUUAGCACUUUCUACUCUCUGAUCUUUCCUAUGUACAUAACUUUUAUUGUUAUAAAUCCUUUCUUAAUGGUUAAAUAGGGAUUGUUAGAAACUAUGGGUUUGCAGUUUUCUGAUUUCUGAGCAGGUGAGUUUUGAAUAUGGAUAAGUCAGAAUAAUGAGACAACUAUUGUUAAUCACUUUCAUACUAAAAAUAAAUUACUCUUCUGUUUCAGGGACUUGGAUAAUUUAAAAUAAACCUUCAGUUUAUGGCCUUUUA